GACAGACAUUUCUAUUUGUCUAUGGAAGAAAUGGCAUGGCUGGAGAAUAGUUGCGCGGUAUUGCGUGAUUCGAUAAAUGGUUUUUGUUGAAUAUGGCUAAAGGUGAUAAAGAGUUGGAAAAACCAAUAGUGAACAAUGAAUUACCAAAUACAGAGUGCCGUAGCACCGACAACGAAGACUCGGAGUCCACACAGGAGCAACCUUUGGAUAUCGGAGAGCAUUAUUUAGUGCGGCGUUCGGAUGAGUCAUGGCACCCGGCUGAGAUAAUACAGACGCGGUACAACGCCGCGGAAUCGUGUUAUGAAUAUUAUGUGCACUAUGUUGGUUACGAUCGAAGACUUGACGAGUGGGUUUCGCGCCACCGGGUAAUGUCCGAUAGAUUUGACGUAUGCGAGAACUCCAAUAAUAACAUAAACUCCGAUCAUUUGCUCACCGACAAGUCCGGCCGCAAAAUAACGCGCAAUCAAAAACGUAAACAUGACGAAAUUAACCAUGUACAGAAGUCGUACGCUGAAAUGGACCCCACAACAGCGGCCCUGGAGAAAGAACACGAAGCUAUUACCAAAGUCAAAUACAUCGACAGGAUUCAAAUCGGAAAAUACGAAAUAGACACGUGGUAUUUCAGCCCCUACCCGGAUGAGUAUGGAAAACAGGCGAAACUGUGGAUUUGUGAAUAUUGUCUCAAGUAUAUGAGGAUGGAAAAGACAUACAGGUAUCAUUUGAGCGAGUGUACAGCGCGGCAACCGCAAGGAAGCGAAAUCUAUCGAAAAGGUACAAUAGCAAUCUUUGAGGCGGACGGUAAGGAGCAUAAAAUAUACUGUCAAAACCUAUGUUUACUGGCAAAGCUAUUUCUAGAUCACAAAACUCUUUAUUUUGAUAUAGAGCAAUUUCUUUUUUACAUUUUGUGUGAAGUUGACAAGCAUGGCGCUCAUCUCGUCGGCUACUUUUCUAAAGAGAAGGACUCGCCUGAAGGCAACAACGUUGCUUGUAUACUAACUCUGCCUCCAUACCAGAGACAAGGUUAUGGUAAACUGCUUAUUGCAUUUAGCUAUGAACUUUCUAGGCUCGAACAGGUAGUCGGUAGCCCUGAAAAGCCUUUAUCAGACUUAGGUAAGCUAAGUUACAGAUCAUACUGGUCCUAUGUUCUAUUAGAAGUGUUAAGUGCGAGUCGGGGUACUUUAAGUAUCAAAGAUUUGAGUCAGAUGACUGGUAUAUCACAGACGGACAUAAUAUCCACCUUACAAUCUAUGAACAUGGUAAAGUAUUGGAAGGGACAGCAUGUUAUUUGUGUCACACCGAAGAUUGUGGCCGAACAGCUGGCCAGUUCACAUUUUAAGAAGCCUCGGUUAUGUGUAGACCCAUCUGCGUUGAGAUGGACUCCACCCAAUAAGCAAGGGAACUCUACGAAGGCUAAGAAGUAGUAUAGGCUUACAGGCAGGGCCUAGAGAGUUAGAGAUUGGUUGAAAGUCAACCAAAGGAGUUCUCUAGGCUUCCAGCCUGUAAAGUCGAGUAAAUAAUUUUAUUGUAAUCUAGAUGUGGUAUUGUGAUCAAAUACAAGUAUUUAAGGAGUCUAAUACUGAUUGCACAUUACAUUACAGAAUAAAUAUUAUAGCACUGAAAAACUAAAGAAUGCAAUGAAAUUGUAAAUGUUUCAGAUAAGAAGAACUCUGCAAAAUGUAUGAUUGCUCUGCUUAUUAUUUUUUUUUGUAAUAAUUCAUAUUGUAGGGUUUAUAAAAACAGUAAAAGAUAAAAAAAUCAAGCAAAUAUUUUUGUUGCUGGUGGUUAGAAGUAAAAUAAGUAAGUAAUAUGCAGAUAGUCUUUUUAUUUGAUACAAAUGAAUUUUAUUAAAAAUAUUUUAGAUGCUGCAAUGUAAUGUGCAAUCAGUUUAAAAGUAAUUUAAAGUAACUGUAGGGUAAUUGAUGGCAUUUGUGGUUGACAUUGAAAAGUAGUUUUAUUCCCGUUGUUAAGAUCCCAGUAGAGAAACAUUGUCAGGUAAUUGUUUUGAAUAAUAAAUAUAGAAAAUAAAAAGAUGUAAAUGGUCUAAUAAAUAAUUUACUUACAUGUAGGAAAGAAAAAUACAAUAAGAAAGUGUAGUUUGUAACUCAAAUUCUUUAAAAAGUAAUUUUUCUUUGCAUUUUUAAAAAUUGUAUUGUUACAAAGUAUUGUAAGAUAAUAUCAUGCUUUAAUAAAAUUUAAUAAUUAGCUAUGUAGAGUUACAGAGUUAUAAUCAAUAACUUACCCAACUGCAAGAUCUUUUGUUUUGGUUUUUCAGUGGAUGGUUAUAUUUAAAAUAACAAUGGAUAAUGAAUUCAUAUCUAUUUGUUGAUAAUUAUUAAUUGUGUAUCUUUGAUUGUAGACAGUCUCAGAGAUAGGACCAUAUACUUAAAACUACUUCUAUUAGUUUUCACCUAAACCAAAUUUAAUAAUAAUAGAUUAGUAGAGAAGUAUCGAAGUCAUAUUUUCAUAAUUUUUAAAUUCAAAGGAAUUUAUUACAUCCAUUUUGCCUUCAUAUAAUUUAAUAGUUGAUGCCCGCGACUUCAUCUGCAUGGAUUUGGGUUUUUAAAAUCCCAUGGGAGCUCUUUGAUUUUAUGGGAUAAGAAGUAAUUUAUGUCACUUUCCAGGACCUAUAUCCAUGCAAAAAUCACUCCAAUCUGUUGCACCGUUAUGAUUGAAGGACAAACCAACUAACCACAAAAUAAACAUAUUAUGUAUGUACUUUCACAUUUAUAAUAGGGGGUACUGAUGUAAAUUCCAUUUUUUUUACACAUUUAAACAUAAUAUUAUUAGAAAACACAGUGUAUUUUUUUUUUAGAUCUGUUCAACCUUUUUCAGUUACUCGCUGAGUUCCUUUACUGGCAAGUGAUAUUAGUUGUAAGUUUUUAAAUUAAGUUUCUGAUUUAAGGUUUUUUCAUCAAUUUUAUUUUAGUAAUAAGGUAAUAUUGUAAAUAUGAUGAGUUGUAUAAGAGCCAUUGCACAGAAUGACUUCCUUUUUAGUCAAGGAUUUUGAAUUAAUCAGAAAUAUUGUAAAGCAUGGCAUACAGAAUGCUAAUGUAAAGUAGUCAUGUGCAAAGGUACUUGCAAAAAAAAAAAUUGCGUAUACCCAGUGUAUUAUGUAUCUACCUUUAUAUUAUUUUAUUGACAGAGUGGAUAAUAACCACUGCAACA